AUGCGUCCUUCUCAUCAGUUCGUUGCGAAUCCUUCGCCAUCCAAUGUACACCCACCUCGUCCGCAAAGUGGACGCACAUCGAGAGCUUCGGGCAAUGCUCGGGGUCCUGUUCCUCUACCACCUUCUACAGCAUUCGUCCAUGCGAACUCUCAAGGUCCCGUCUAUUCAGCUCCGCAGUACGCCAACAAUAAUUGCUUAGGGCAUGGCUACCCAGAAAUUGGCCAGACUCAGUAUCUUGCACCAUACCAGAUUCCUAAUGCCUUCAGCCCCCCUUCGUCUGCCGGAUCAGACGUCAUCUUCAACACCCCGAGUUGGUCUGGAUACCACCUCAGCCCUGCGAGCGAUCUGUCCACUCCUUCUCUCGCCUUCGAUUCAUACUCUUCAUCUUCUUCUGCGUCCUAUUCUCCGUCCAAUCACGGUCGUCGAUGCUCUCUCACGUCCAAUCGCCCUCCAUCUUCUCAAGGGCCUGCCUUUCCCUAUCAUGAUACAGCUCACGGUAUUUCUCGUCAUCCGACACGUCGCGGUUCCAUUACUGCUUCUACUCCCUAUGAUCGUCCUGGGUAUACGACUACCUAUGGUGAUGAGGCUUCGGGCAUUCGUCCUAGGAGACGUCAGUCAAUUGCCACUGAGAAGGAAAAGGAGAGGGAGAGGGCCAGAGCUAGAACGCACAGGGAGAAUGAGCAGCGUGUGCUGAUGGAGUUGUCAAGGCGACUUCCUCCGCCAGCUCUCAGCCGGAAGCGAUCAAGGAUUGAGGUUAUGACGGACGCAACGUUGUUGAUAGAUGACUUGAGGAACAAGAACGACCGGUAUGAGCGGGGACACCGAGCCACUCAAUCCGCGCAGGAGUUCAGAUUCGUUCACCAUGGGGAGUACCAUUAA